AUGCCAUUGAACAAGAUGAUUAUAGUCGGCGCAGGCCCCACCGGCCUAAUCCUGGGCCUCCUCCGCGCCAAACAAGGGAUCUACGUUGACCUCCUCGACGCCGGCGCAAUACUCGACAAACAACCCCGCGCAGCACACUACGCCUCUCCCGCAGCCUACGAUCUCGACCGUGCUGGCGUCCUCGACGAUGUCACGGCCCGCGGGAUCAAUCACAAGAAAAUGGUCUGGAGGAAGAUCGACACGGAAGCAGUGGCUACUUUGCCUCUUGAUCGUAUGCCAAGGAGCGCAAACAACAUUCGAUGGUUGUGCUUCCAUUGGGUCAAUUGGGAGAGAUUUUGUAUGAGCAUCUGCAGCGACAACCUACGGCAAGAGUGA